AUUGAUCAGAUCAGUGGCGCACUGGCCGGGUUAAAGAGAUUAUUUCUGGUUCCUCAUCGGAGAAAAAGGAACAAGAACAAGAAGAAGACUGUUCUACUAGCAGCAGCAUCCACAACUCUCAAAAACAACAAACUCAUGCAUAUCUGGCAAUCCAUGAUUUUCCCUGUCAAGCGUCUCUGCCUUGCUCUCUCCACUCGCAUCAAACACCGCAAAAACGGAGCAGGACUGGUGAAGCUGAGGGAUGAUGUGCAAACUUGUGAAUAUGAGGAUGUACAAGUCAUGUGGGAAAUAUUACAGAAAACAGAAACUGAAGUUUUACAUAACAGCAACCACCAUCACAACAAGCGUCCUUUCUGGAGAGUCUUUGUAUGGUCCAAUUCAUCCCAAUCUUCAAAUCACACUUCGUAAAGUACCAAACACAAAUAAAUAAACUUAACUGCUCAUGUACAGCAGUUAGUUAUCUCAAUCCUAUUGCCACCAUUGCUGGGGCCUAGUUUUUUAUUAUCACUCUAUAAUAAAUAUAGUACAAGUAGUUAAUAAGACAAAACAUAUGAGCUUUCUCUCUUACAACUCAAACUGUAUCACACUAGUAGUAUCUGAUCGAAAUAUCUGAUGUCUCUGCACAACUACCAUAUGAAUUGGCUUAAUAGAGCACACUAUUAGUAUGUAAAUAUAUAUCUGUCCUUACACUUUCACAAAAAGAUUUUAAACAA